UUUCUUUGAUUCUUUCUUUUUUCUUUUCUUCCUAUUUUGAUUUCUGAAUUUAUUGUAGAAGCAAAACGUUUAUUUAUUUAUUUAUUUCUUUGAUGUUUUUGAAUAAUUUUCAUUAUAAUCACCACACAUUAUCAUUGAAACAAAACAAAAAGAAGUUGACCUUGUUAUUAUAAUUAUAACUUUUGAUGAGUUUUUUUUUGUUGUUGUUGUUGUCGUCCACCUCCUACCCGUUUUGUUUAAAUUUCUUUUCUUACGAUAUCAUUUUGUUUUCUUAUUUUUUGAUUUGUCCGUCUGUGUGUUUGUGUGUGUGGACACAACAUUUUAUUGGUUUUGAGAUUCUUUAUUAUUAUUAUUAUUUUUUCUUUAAAAUUCCGUCGGUGAUUUUAUUCGUCGUCGUGUCGAUAAUCACUAGACCCCCGACACCUACCCAACUCCUUCGUAGAUUCCUAAUCUUCCGUAUCGUUUUUUUUUUCUCUCUCUCAGUUUGUUAUUUAGUUUUCAUUCUGUUAAAUUUCAUUUUCUAGAUUUAUAUCAAUUUAUUUUAAAAAAAGUCAAUUUUAAAGGAAGGAAUUGUUUGAUUUCUCAAGUCGUGUGUGUUUGCACGUCAGAAAAUGUGCAGUGUGUCUGCCCAGCGUCAAGACACGUCAAUUUAUUCAUAAAUUUCAAAACUGUUCACUUUACGACGUGUUUUACUUGACGCCCAUUGGCAGACACGCUGAUGCAAAUCUUUUUUUGAAUAUCGAAAUAUUUAAAAAAACGCAAUAUGUAAACUACAACUUGUAAAAAACAAAAAAAAAAACAUUGUCCAACCAUCACCUGCGGCCGAACAACAAAACUUUUAAAGUCCCGGACAUUCGCGUUCGACCCAUUCGGCUGACAACACAUCGGUCCCGUCGCCAAUUGUUGCAGCGAUGACAACACCGGUUCAUCCCCCAUCGCAGUCUACGACUCCAGUCAACCACAACAACACGACUACCAGCAACAACAGGCAAGCAGCCAACGGCAUCCCGACUCACCAUUACGGCGAUCAUCACGCUGGAAGCGGCCGCGGUGGCAACUCUGCCGGCGUCCUCGUCUUACCGCCGACAUCGGCUGCAGCGGCUGCGGCGGCCGCCGCUGCAGCAGCCGCUUUCAAUUACGGAGCCAUGGCCCAUUUUGCCGGCCUGUCGUUGGAGAAUUUCAACAACCAUAUGCAACAGCAACAGCAACAGCAGAGUGGCAAUAACAGCACGACAUUAGUGGACUCUGCGCAACAGCAACAGUCGUCUCUGAAUCAUUUGAAUCAUCUCCUCCAUCAGCAGACGCAACAACAUCAUCAUCAGUUUGAUCUGUCGUCAUCGGUUGAAGACUCCGUUCUGGCCGCAGCCGCUACGACGCUCAUCAACCAGCUGUCACCGCAAGAGCCUACCUAUGUCAACCUGUAAAUGAGGAGAAACCGUCGAAUCUCAUCUUGGAAGAGGAAGAAAGAAAGAAAAAAGGAUGACCAAAAAAAAAAUUCGAAUAGAAACCAGAAACAUUUUGAAAGAAAAAGAAAACCCACGACAAAAAGGAAAGAUGAACAAACAAAUGAAAAGAAUGAUUGAUUAUGCCAGACGGACUCCCCGUUCCGAACCAUUUAAUUCUUUUGAUGAAUCUCUCUUCCGUUUCCCUACUCCUCCUAUCACCCCCCUUCUAAAAAAACAAAUGCAAACAGAAAAUAGAAUAUCUAGAAGCGACGCGAGAACGACACAUCAUCGACCGGCACACACAACAAAUUUUGACAAGGUGUUGGAAUCUUUUUGACCGUGCAAACUCAUCUCGUGAUGAACAUUAUUUAUUUUAUUUUUUUCGAUUAAUUUUUAUUUAUUUAUUUUUUAUUAGAUUUUUUUUUUUGUUAUAAUUUUAUUAUGUUGGUCUGUUUGUUGUUUUUGUUAUUCCGGCUGUCCUCCCUCUUCUAGACCGACACGUUUUCUUCUUAAGUUGCUGCAUUAUUAUUUUGUUUGUUUCUCUUAAUUCGUUUCACGUUUUGUAUGAGAUUUUUGUUGUUGUUGUUGUUGUUGUGUUGAUUGGAUUUUAUUGAUUGAUUUCUCUUUUCACUGUCAGAAAGGCACAACAACAAAAAAAAAGAAUUAUUUCAUUUGCAUUUUUUAAGGUUGUUCUUCUUGUAAUUCGACGGAUCUAUUUUUCUCUUCUCCAGCAAAGACUUUUUUGAAAAUCUGUUUCUCCAGAAACGCAUGACGCAUUUGUUUUUCUCCUCGUUUCCAAAUUGUCGAAAUUACCAUUUUUAUUUUCUCUCCUAAAUUAUUGUUGUAUGCUUGUUUAUUUAAUUUAAUUUACAUUAUAAUUUUUUUAGUUUUUACUCCCUGACUCUGUUGUUCUCUCCCGCCCACUGUAUUUACGAUGUAGUUGCCCGUCAUUACUUCACACCAUCGUAUCAACAUGUUUUCAUUUCUUUUUUCCUUUUUUUUUUAUGUUUUUAAAUCUUUUUUAAGUUUGAUGCCAUUCUAACAAACAACGGUUCUAAAAUGUUUCCUUUUUUUUGUUUUUUUGUUUUGCUUAUUUUCCUUUGGCCGGAAUUUCGUC